AUGAAGCUGGUCCUGGUCUUCAUGCUGGCCGCCAUCCCCAUUUGCUGCUAUGCCAGUUCUGGCUGCCAUGCAAUGGAUGAUAUCAUUGCACAGACUAUUAACUCAUCAGUGUCUGUGGCUGAGUAUCAGGGCCUGGUUAAGCAAUACGCACCUCUUCCUUAUGACCAAAAGGCUUUGGGCAAAUUGAAACAAUGUUUCCUGGACCAGUCUGAGGAGACUCUGGCCAAUGUUAAAGUGCUGGUGGAUGCUGUAUACAACAGUAAAGACUGUCCACAGUCUGCCUAA